GUGUGUGUGUGUGUGUGUGUGUGUGUGUGUGCGGAGACGAAAAUAGAAAAAGAAAAGAUGAUUCAGGAUGAAUCAGUUUGAAAGGAUAAAGAAACUGACAGGGCAACUGGAAGAUUGGGGAGUUGUGGUAGAAAUGGGUGUGUCAGAGGCAGAGUGUAAAUUCACUGUGAAAUAAAAACAGAUAAAUGGCGUACAGGAGGAGGAGAAGAAGAAGGGGAGCUUUUAAAGAGAAAGAAGCCAAGAUGGAGAGUAAUGAUUUUCUGAGCGUGAUGAAGGUCAGGAGAAGGAAAAAUGAAGGUUCCCAGCGGUUCCCACUUGAUGAGGGGGAAACGUGUUUUUUUUUUUUUUGUUGUUGUUUUUUAUGGAGAACAUUUCACUAAUAAUUACAAAUAUAUGUCACCGAUGCAAGCUCUGCAUCUCUCUAUCAGCCCGGCCGCACUUUCCCACUCAGAAGCACGUUUCUGUGCAAGCUCUUGCACUUUCUCCCUCCAUGUCCAAAGGAGAUUAGCCGCUCUGUUGUCAUGACGACCGUGGCUGUGUGGCUGAAGGACGGGGAGAAGGAGUGAGAUGGUUCGUGUAGCCGUUUCGGGAGCAAGAAACGACGAGCGGCGACGACCCCAGAGGGUUUUAUGACUGAUAAUGAGAAGCGGCCCUAAAACGUUGAUGACUUUUCUCGCUCCUUUGGGAGGGGCGAUUUGUCAGGGAGUAAGAACGACGCUGAGAAGGAGUUCGGGACGUGGAGGAGAUCCUGCUCCAAAUCGAAGGACCUUUCCCAGGUUUUCUGCCAAGGUCGACGUGCAGAGCAGCGCUGCAGCGCGGGUUAGCUCAGUCUCCAGAUUACGAGCCUUCGCUUCCCGUUUCUGAGAAGUCGAACCCCUCGACGAAAGACAUCGACCGAGCUUCAGCCGGGGGCAUCGUGAAGAUGCUACAGGCCUGUGACAGCCAGAUGUUUCAAGAGGAGGCAGGAGAAACCUACCAGAGGCUUUUCAGUGGCGGAGUGGUGGGAACGUUAGUGGAGGUUUCUAAGAGGGUGGAGCUCAUUCUGAAGGAUCCCCAGGACAGCCUCGUCGUGCUGAGUGGUUGUGGCACUUCUGGUCGACUGGCUUUCCUCGUCGCGUCUGGCUUCAACAGAGCGCUAAGGAAGCUGAACCACAGCUCGGUCUACUCGUACAUUAUUGCAGGAGGAGACAGAGCUCUGUUUUCCUCUCAAGAGGCUCCUGAAGACGACCCCAGACUGGGCGCGCUCAGUCUGAAGAAGGCCUGCGAGGGAAAGAGGCGAGUCUUGUUCGUCGGCAUUUCCUGUGGUUUAUCCGCUCCGUUUGUGGCCGGACAGCUGGAUUUCUGCCUGCGGCACCCUGAGGUCUACACUCCCGUCCUGGUCGGCUUCAACCCUGCACAUCAGGCCAGGGAUGAGCCCAUACCCGGCUGCACGUUCACAUUUCGCAGCGUGGUGCAGAGGAUGCAAGAGCUCGCCAAAAGCCAAAAGGCCUUCAUCAUCAACCCAGCAGUUGGGCCAGAAGCCAUCAGCGGCUCCUCCAGGAUGAAAGGAGGCAGCGCCACGAAGAUUCUCCUGGAAGUCGUCCUGUCUGCCGCUCACGCCGCCGCCUUCUCUCGCGCGCCCGUCGCAGUCGAUGGUCUUCUGCAGCACACGAGAUCAUACGAAAGGACCGUGGACGUCACAUACUCUCAGAGCGAAGGGAUAGCUGCUCUGGUGGAGGCAGCAGGACGGAGUCUGCGGUGCGGAGGCCGUGUGUGUUACCUGGGAUGGGGCUCCUUAGCCGUUCUGGGCCUCAUUGACGCCAGCGAGUGUAACCCGACGUUUGGAGCAGACUUUGGAGAUGUUCAAGGCUUCAUCAGCGGAGGAUACGAUGAGCUGAACAAUAGUGAAGGUCCAUUGACGUCUCUGGGUCCUCAGUUUGCCAUCUCACAUGAGGACUUUCUAGAUCUGGUCCUACCCUGUCUCACCGACAAGGACACCGUUCUACUGAUCUACACGCACCUUGACGAUGUCGGUAAAGUGUCAACGCUGGCACGCAGAGUGAGAGAAAAGACACCGAACCUCCAUGCUGUUUAUCACGAGUCUGAUGGAGACGCUGCAUCUGCUACGCAACAAUAUGACAUCAGUAACCUGUGUCUAUCCACACUGAAGAUCACUUGGCCUCAAGGAGGCCCUGUUUCAGAGAGCUUGCUACAGAUGCAGUGGGAGCUGUCCACUAAGCUGGUGCUGAACGCUGUCAGCACCGGAGCUCACGUCUUAAAGGGGAAGAUUUACCAGAACCACAUGAUCGACGUGCAGGUCACCAACAGCAAGCUCUACCGCAGGGCCGCACGUUUACUGCAGAGGCUGUCUGGUCGUCCGGAGUCCCAAUGUGAGGAAGCUCUUCUGAAGUCUCUCUACCAAGUGGACAAGCUGACAACGGACGUUACAUCCUGUGACGUAACCGGACACACACAAGUUGCCAGAGGCAGGACCACGGUGGUCCCCGUGGCUUUGCUCUGCUUGCUGACUGGUUGCUCUCUUGUGGAGGCGGAGUCUCACUUGAGGCAGCAGCCAAUCGUCAGGGAGGCUGUGGAGGUGUGGCUGUCAUAGCUGGCGCCAUCAUCCUCAUCAUCAGUCCCUAAAGACAAGUGCGUUCUUGUCUUGGAUUAGUCCCCUCGUUCCUCCCCGCAGAACACUUUUAAUGUAAGUUUUAAUGUCGGAUGAAUACUUUAUGCUGUAUUAGAGUAACUAAGCUACAGUGGCUGAAUAUCGCCUCUUGAGGUAGAAAGCGGUAUUACAGGGACAAGUUGAGGUCAGCUGGUUAGCAUGCAAAAUAAUAGAAGACACUGACAGAUUGUUAUUAAACUGUUAUUCCUUCACUUUGAGUUGAUAAUGAGACAUAAUUCAUUUUUUAAAUUUUGAAACUAAAAAUCUUGCAUUUGGCCCCUUUAAACCCAUUUCUACAAGCCUGGACACCUUGUACUAAUAUGAGAACAUAUACUGUUGCAAAAUAAAUUGUUUCAAAACCUUG